UUCAGAAAUGAAAGAACAUCGGAUUCAAUUUAAAAAAAAAUAUGACAUCAUAAAACAGAGAGCUGAAGAUAAAAUUGAUGGAAUUCGCCGUCCCAAGACUGGGGGAGGUCCACCACCGGCACCAAUGACCCCAGCCGAGGAAACCCUCUAUCAAGCUAUGGAUUCGAGACCUAAUAUUGUCGGAUUGAUCGGUGGGAUUGAUUCAGAUGAUAUUUCACCGAUUAGUCACAAAAUGGAGGAUGGGCCAAGUACUACAUGUAUCAAUGGAACUGUAGAAGCCAGUGGUGACUGUAGCUCCGCCAUCAAAGACAGUCAGCCACAUCGUGUGAGUCGAAAGUCCAACAACAAACAAAGGAACGGAAGGAGAGAGAUAGAAGACGCAGAGAUGGAAAAUCUACAUCUAGAAAAUGAGAAAAUGAAAGAAGAAAUUGAAAAAAUUAAAUUAGAGAAAAGAAAGUUGGAAAUAGAAAUUGAUUAUAUUGAAACAAAAAAGUGUAUCUUCUAUACAAGCUUAAUGCUGAAUUUCCAUAAAAUUUGA